CGUCGCUUUACAGUUCUCAUAGUAAGUCAUUUCAGAGUCGCGUAUAUCUUCAUCGUCGUGUCUCUUUAUUCUUUCCUUCCUAUCAAGUUGCGUUGCGCGUUAUCUUGGCCAUACUUUGGCGCGUGGCGCGAGACACGUCGAGCUGCAACAGAGCCAGCACCAAUCUUGAGCGCCUCGCACACGACGCGUGUCUCCGCUUGCGAUAUCUCUCGGGACAGCAUCGGAUGCAUUUCCUUUACGCACAUCAUCCUUUUCCAGAGCACAAUCUCCUUAUUUACGUCCUGCGCAUUCCGUCACGAGAAUAGCGUGGCAUAGCGCUAACAGCCCACGGUUCAGCCCAACUCAACGCGCACUCUCUCACCCAACAACUUAUUCCCCGUUCACUCUCGACACUCCUCUCCGUCCGUACCAAAGGAGUCAGCAAGCAUAAGCACGCAAGAUGGCCGCCCGAACCGCCACCGCAACGCCCACGACGCGCAAGACGCGCACCGCGACCAACUCGCUGCCCAAGAAGAUCGAGGCCGCCGUCGAGACAGUCGCGCCCAAGAAGCGUGCCACCAAGGCCAACACGAGCAAGCCACGCGAUAAGAAGGUUGCGGCUGGUCGUGUAGAGAAGAAGGCCGCGCCUGCGACGAAGAAGGCCCCCGCUGCGAAGAAGGCGGCUCCUGCCACCAAGAAGACGACGCCUGCGAAGACGCCUGCGGCCAAGAAGGCGGCGGCGACGAAGAAGAGCCCGGCUGCUAAGGCGGAGAAGGAGGUUGAGAGCGAGGUGAAGAAGGUCGAGACCAAGGUCAAGAAGGCGGCUAAAGCUACUGGAGCAAAGGAGAAGAAGACGACUACCAAGGCAAGCAAGCCCAAGAAGGCGUAGAG